CAAGCAGAGGACUAUAUCAAGGUUGACAAUUUCGAUGAUGAUGUGUUAAACAUUUGGACAGAUGGAAGCUGCAAUCAAUAUCCAAAGAUAAACGCAGAUCUUGUCCUGCGAAUGAAUUAUCUCAUCAAAAACAGAGAAGGAAAAACAUACUUCAAGCAUGUUAAAGCGCAUAGUGGUGUGCAUGAAAAUGAGCAAGCAGAUAGGUUAGCAUUUUUAGGUUCACAGAAGGAAUUUCGGAAAUUAAAUCUUGAACCUGCUAAGGGAAAGAUAGAUUUUUAUUUUAAAAAAGAGAACAAGGAUGAUUCUGAGAAUGCGACGGACAACUAUCUUUUGGAAUUUGUACGUGUAUUAAAUCUUUUGGAACAAGAUGCUGAUAAGGAAAAAUUAGUUAUUCAGACGCGAAAUAAGAAUAUUUAUCUGAUGUUAGAAGAGAAUCGAAUCGAAAAGUGGUUAAAGAAUGACUGGUGCAAUGCACAUAAACAAAAGUUAAAAGCGCCAAAGGACAUCUGUUUGAGGAUCAACGAGCUAGUAAAGGAUAGGAAAAAAUCUUUAGAAUUCGUUUCACCAAUAAACUUUGUACGAUCGACGAGCGUUACGUCGACGAAGGAGAUGGCGUCGCUUGUCGAUUACAUCAAAGUUUCAGCGGCAAAAGGCCGUCUGCAAGACACAAAUAUUUAUACUACCACCACACCCAUGUCUAUGGGCCGUUUCAAAUGA